AUGAAUAUUUUACAAAAUCCAUUGUACAUUACUCCAAUUCUUUCUGGCCAAAAUAGAUCUGAAGUUGGCAGUCUAUUAUUAACGGUUGGCAACCCAACAGUUGUAAUUAGUCAAUACCAGUCUACGAAUACUGAACGUAGAUCUAAACGACCCAUUAACAGAGAAAGUCCAUUGAGCACCACUCUGGCUCUUUCUGAUCAAAAUGGUUCUGAAGUUUGCAGUCCUUUAUCUAAAAUCAGCCGACAGGACCGUGAAGAUAGUAUUCAAGUAGCUAACUCGAAAUCUAAUGAUAACAUUUCUGAUAGACCACAAUUUCAAUCUACAACCGAUACUACUUCUUUCUCACAAAUACAUAAAUUUGAGUCUCAUAAAACAAACUUUGACUUAUAUAAGGAACAACUUCUGAGCUAUACAAAUUAUUUAGAUGAAAGUGCAUUAAACGCAUAUAUUGAUCACGAUGUUUUGACAAAAAUUCUGCAAAAGUAUCUCUCAAAUACUAGAGAAUCAGAACUUGCAGAUAAGACACAAGGUGCAUUAAUAAAAUUCAUCUGA